AUGACCAUCCUCUUACAAUAUAUUCCCAAUCUCGCUGUAGAGAACUUCCCAAAAGCGUUCCAGGAGACUGAGAUAACUAGGAUGGAGGGGCCAGCUGGUCCAAGUCUGAAUGCCAAGGACAGUUUCAAGGCCUCCAAGAGACACGCCAAAUACGGCAAUCAUGGCAUCACACCAAUCAACAAUGCCUGUGAUGUGACCUGUGACAUUGUCUACAUGGAUGUUGUUCUCGAAGAGGUCGUCAUGCUGGAAAGCCAUGGGAUAGUCUGGCCGAAAGAGAAGUGGAAGCUACCGCCGAACCUCAUCCAACUUGGUUUGUAA